CGUUCCCGGAAAGCUGCGCGAUCGAGACGCGCUGCGCCCCGCCGCCCGAGGAGUUGAGAAAGAAAACAGGAAACGGGGUGGCCGCGCACCCGGCCGCGGCUGAUUCAUUCGCUUUGAGUCGAAGUCUGGCAGGCGGGGCGGGCGCGGGGACAGGCUCCGGGCUGGCCGCCGGGGAGCCCCGGCCGUGGACCAGACGCGCCCUCCGCGGGGCGGGCUCCGCGGCGCACGCGCCACCCCCUUCGCCAUCCUCAAGGACUGGGACUCGGGCCCGCCGCACCGUUCCAUGAGUCGCAUCGUGGCUGUUUUGGUCCCUGUCUCCGCAUAAAAAGUUGGCUUGCUGCAUGCACUUCGUGCGCCCUCCCUGGACACUGAACUGAGACGCCAAGCUGGAGAAACCGUGCUUUUCCGAGGCCGGCCGCCCCGCCCGCAGAGCCUCGGCCCCCCUCCUGGUGCCUGGCUCGGCAAUAUGAAGGAGCAGCCCUCAUGUGCGGGCACCGGGCAUCCGAGCAUGGCGGGGUAUGGCAGGAUGGCCCCCUUUGAACUCGCUGGCGGCCCCGUGAAACGCUUGAGAACUCAGUCCCCCUUUCCCUAUCUCUUCGCAGAGGAGGCCUACCAGAAACUGGCCAGCGAGACCCUGGAGGAGCUGGACUGGUGUCUGGACCAGCUAGAGACCCUGCAGACCAGGCACUCCGUCAGUGAGAUGGCCUCCAACAAGUUUAAAAGGAUGCUUAAUCGGGAGCUCACCCAUCUCUCGGAAAUGAGUCGGUCUGGAAAUCAAGUGUCAGAGUAUAUAUCAAACACAUUCUUAGAUAAGCAACAUGAAGUGGAAAUUCCUUCUCCAACUCAGAAGGAAAAGGAGAAAAAGAAAAGGCCAAUGUCUCAGAUUAGUGGGGUCAAGAAGUUGAUGCACAGUUCCAGUUUGACCAACUCAAGCAUCCCGAGGUUUGGGGUUAAAACUGAACAAGAAGAUGUCCUUGCCAAGGAACUAGAAGAUGUGAACAAAUGGGGCCUUCAUGUUUUCAGAAUAGCAGAGCUGUCUGGUAACCGGCCUUUGACUGUUAUCAUGCACACCAUCUUUCAGGAACGGGAUUUAUUAAAAACAUUUAAAAUUCCGGUAGACACUUUAAUUACGUAUCUUAUGACCCUGGAAGACCAUUACCACGCUGACGUGGCCUACCACAACAAUAUCCAUGCUGCUGACGUCGUGCAGUCGACACAUGUGCUGUUGUCCACACCUGCUCUGGAGGCUGUGUUUACAGAUUUGGAGAUCCUUGCGGCCAUUUUUGCCAGUGCAAUACACGAUGUAGACCAUCCUGGUGUGUCAAAUCAGUUUCUGAUCAAUACAAACUCUGAACUUGCCUUGAUGUACAACGAUUCUUCUGUCUUGGAGAACCAUCAUUUGGCUGUGGGCUUUAAAUUGCUUCAGGAAGAAAACUGUGACAUUUUCCAGAAUUUGACCAAAAAGCAAAGACAAUCAUUAAGGAAAAUGGUCAUUGACAUUGUACUUGCAACAGACAUGUCGAAACACAUGAAUCUACUGGCUGAUUUGAAAACUAUGGUUGAAACUAAGAAAGUGACAAGUUCUGGAGUUCUUCUUCUUGAUAAUUAUUCUGAUCGGAUUCAGGUCCUGCAGAAUAUGGUGCAUUGUGCAGACCUGAGCAAUCCAACCAAGCCUCUGCAGCUGUACCGUCAGUGGACAGACCGCAUAAUGGAGGAGUUCUUCCGCCAAGGAGACCGAGAGAGGGAGCGCGGCAUGGAGAUAAGCCCCAUGUGUGACAAGCACAAUGCAUCUGUGGAAAAAUCACAGGUGGGCUUCAUAGACUAUAUUGUUCAUCCUCUGUGGGAGACAUGGGCGGACCUUGUACACCCUGACGCCCAAGACAUUUUGGACACUUUGGAGGACAAUCGCGAGUGGUACCAGAGCACAAUUCCUCAGAGCCCGUCCCCAGCACCUGAUGACCAGGAGGAGGGCCGGCCGGGUCAAACCGAGAAGUUCCAGUUUGAACUGACGUUAGAGGAAGACGGCGAGUCAGACACUGAGAAGGACAGUGGAAGUCAAGUGGAAGAAGACACUAGCUGCAGCGACUCCAAGACUCUCUGUACCCAAGACUCAGAGUCGACUGAAAUUCCCCUGGACGAGCAGGUAGAAGAGGAGACGGUAGGGGAAGAGGAGGAAAGCCAGCCCGAAGCUGGCGUAAUAGAUGAUCAUUCCCCUGACACGUAACAGUGCAAAAGACUCUCAUGCCUUUUUUGUUUUUAGUUUAUUUUGUUGUUGUUGUUGUUGUUUUUUAAGUAGAAAAAUUGUUUCCAAAGUGCAUGUCACAUGCCACAACCAUGGUCACACCUCACUGUCAUCUGCCAGGACGUUUGUUGAACAAAACUGACCUUGACUACUCAGUCUGGCGCUCAGGAAUAUUGUUUUUUCACCUCCAUGAGAUCGGAGCAAAGGGGGAUGUCUUCAUGAGCAGCAGCAUUUUAACACGAUUUCAGCUUGGUAAAGCUGACCACGCAGAGAAAAUCAACCCCAAAAUGUUUUCAAGAAAGUGUGGCUCAUCAGACAGUCCCAAAGUGGAUAUGAUUCGGGGUUCUGUUUCAUUUUAUUUGUUUGCAAUACGUACAGCAGAAAGAAAGCACUACACAGACAGCAUGUACUAAUGGAUGAAGCAACACACGGGUCAGGAGCACGAAACAGCGCGAGUCUGUUACCAGGAGGAAGACGAGCUACGGAAAUCGCAUAAUUUUCUAAUUUCAAGUCUUCCUGAUACAUGACUGAACAGUGUGGUUCAGUGAGCCGCACUGACCUCUCCAUUUUGUAUGAUAUGUAAAACAGAUUUUUUGUAGAGCUUACUUUUAUUAUUAAAUGUACUGAGGUAUUAUAUUUAAAAAAAACAAAAACAAAAAAAAACUAUAUUCAGAACUUCAUCUGCCACUGGUUUUUUUCUAAGGAGUAACUUGCAAGUUUUCAGUACAAAUCUGUGCUACACUGGAUAAACCUAAUUUACGAAUUUUACUUGCACCUUAUCGUUCAUAGCAAUUAACUGAUUUGUAGUGAUUCAUUGUUUUAUAUACCAAUGACUUCCAUAUUUUUAAACAAAACCUAAUUUUAUGUUGCAGGAAGCUCUUUUUUGUAGGUCUUCGUUUACUUUGCUUUUUGUGUCAUUGUUUUCAGAUAAGCAGAGUUGCUCUCCACUGACAUUUUUCUUCACAGUGUGCAAAGUGAAUAUUUGUUCAGUAAUACUUUGAUGUGUGUUCUGUCUAUUGUGUCUUAAGCCUCAUGGACACUCAACCAUCAGUUGGUGUUUUCUGAAGCAAGUGAGAGAUAUAUAAAUACCCAGUAGCUAAAAUGAUCAGUCUUUUUUAGAUAUUUUCAUACUUAAUGUCUUCUGAUAACUUUUUGCUAUGUCAAUAGACUCUCCAUUUCAUAAGUGCAUGUCUUUGUAAUAACCCACACAUGUCAUGCUCAUUUUUAUUGUUUCCACAGUCAGAUAUAGUAAGAAAGACUGUUUCCCUUUGUGCUGGCUGCUUCAUCAUUUAGCGUGUGUUUGAACCGCAGUCCACAUUCACUAGAUAGGGUCUUAUCAAAUAUAUCAUCACCAUUUUGAUUGAUGAAAAGAAACAGGUAGUCAGGCUAGAGUUAGCAUUCAUUUCUACUGCGAGGUAAUGUAUAAUGACUAGCUUUUACUCUUGAUUUACAGAGAAAAAUGUAACAGGUAGGUAGGCAGUUUUAGCAAUAUUAGCAGAAUAUAUUCAACGACACCAGUACAACUGGUGUUUAUUUGUUUCUAUGAUUUCACCAUGGGAUUAAGAACUAUAUGAAGAAUAUUCUUGAGAAGUGAUUUUAAGAGUAGCAACUACCCUUCCUUAACAGACAACCAUGUGACAUGUAGGAAUUGCUUUGUCAAUUAUUGGUUCAUAAGCAUGUCUUGUAGAGGACAACUUCUUUAAAUGGGUAAAGAAGUUGGUGAUGCCACAGGCCCCAGAGGUUUGGUAAUAUAAUGCCAUCCGAGAAUACUGGGAUGAGUAAAAAGAUUCUGCUGAAAUACAAAAUUAGAGAUCGCUCUUUGCUGAAUUUAGCACCAAGAACUAUAUUACAGUUUUGGAGAUUAAUUCCCAGUAUUUACCUUCAGUUGGCAUCUUGGAGCAUUUAUUUAGUUUGGACUUUCUUCCCAUUUCAGUUCUUGAUAAAGUGUUUACCUUCUCUGUGAAGAAUUUGGAACCCAAAUAAUCAUUUUUCACAUUGAUAUCCCAAGAAUUGACAUAGAGACUAAACGGGGGAUCUGACCAAAUGGAAAAUAAAACAGUUAAGAAAAAGUGCAACCCUGAAAAACAUUUAUAUCUAGGAUGUCGCAGGGAGCUUUCUGAGGACUAGUAACUAGACGUCAGCCAAGGAAAUGACCCAUGCUGAAGAUAAUUCCUGUUUUAACCCCCUGAAAUCUGAUGCUUAGAAACUCUGAUAGAAAAAUUAUAUAGCUCUGAUCUUUUACACAGAGCAGAAUAGGUACCAAUUAAUUACCAGAUUUAUAAAAGUUAGUAAGUCAUCUUCCAAAGAAAGUCCUAUGUUUGGCCAAGUGACUUCACAAAAACACUUGGGAACUUGUUUCUGUUUUCAUUUUAUUUAUCCCUGAUAGAGGUCUCGAAGAAAAAGGCAAUCUAGGGUUUAUUCUUUUUUCCAAAAUAUCCGAAUCCCACCUCUCCCUGAUACUUGGUAUUUCCCCCACAGAGUGCCUAGAAUCUUAAUAAUGGAAAAAAAUAAUUUUAAGCAGCAAUAUGUCACAAGCAAAUCCAGACCUGAAAGGGUUUAUAACUGCACUAAAAAAAGAGAGGCUUUUUUUUUUUUUCAAUUUGUUGGUUUUUCUUGGUCACAUUUUGUGAAGAUACCCACUAAUGGACAAUCAAAUUGUAGAAAAUGCAUAAUAUCCAUGAGACAGGGACGAACGCACUGUACAAUCUGCUUACCCUCUGCCUUCUUUCCCCCUUCUCUCCUCUCGCCCAAGUGUGCUUCAGAAUCACACAGCGCUUUAAAGCGAACACCCUUUUACAAGUGGCUUUACAUUUCCUAUAAUGCCAUAAGAAAACGCAAUAUCUGGGUACUGUAUGGGGAAAAAAAUGUCCAAGUUUGCAUAAAACCAGUACAUUUCAGCUUGCAAGUUAUGAAACAUAAUAAUGCUGUUUUAACUUUAUUUUCUUUGACAUCACUUAAAAUCCACAAGAAAAUAAUGUAGAUAGAACAAAUUGCAGAUAAGGAAAAAAAACUUGAAUGAAAUGGAUUUCACAGAAAGCUUUAUGAUAAUUUUUAAAUGCAUUAUUUAUUUUUUUGUGUGCCAUGCAUUUUUUUUUCUCACCAAAUGACCUUACCUGUAAUACAGUCUUGUUUGUCUGUUUACAACCAUGUAUUUAUUGUAAUGUACAUACUGUAAUGUUAAUUGUAAAUUAUCAGUUCUUAUUAAAACAUCAUCCCAUGAUGGGAUGGUGUUGAUAUAUUUGGAAACUCUUGGUGAGAGAAUGAAUGGUGUGUAUACAUACUCCUUGUACAUUUUCUUUUCUCCUGUAAUAUAGUCUUGUCACCUUAGAGCUUGUUUAUGGAAGAUUCAAGAAAACUAUAAAAUACAUAAAGAUAUAUAAAUUUAGAAAACAUAGCUGCAGGUCUUUGGUCCCAGGGCUGUGCCUUAACUUUAACCAAUAUUUUCUUCUGUUUUGCUGCAUUUGAAAGUAAGGUAAUGGGGCUAGGGCUGGGCAUUGUAUAUCGGAACUUUGAAUCAGUUCAUUUUCUGGCAGUGGCUGGAUUUCACAAAACCACACACAACCUCUGGAAGAUGCUGAAACCCUUUUGAGAUACAAGCUCUUAAGUACUUCUUGCUGUAAAGCAGCAUUGCAUAUAUAAUGAUUGUUUUCCCUAGCUGUUGAUCAAGAGCUAGUUGUGUUAGUUACAUUUGUUUUCUACUUGCCAACACUACUGGGAAAAUACAACCUUGUCCAGUGAUUAUAAAAAGCCUUUUUGGCUUCUAGAACACAGAGGUAAAUGAACUUGAUUUGAAACUAGAGCCGUAGGUCACACAUGUUGGUUAGUCACUUAUUAAUCAGCUUCCUGUCGUGUUAAGAGAAUAUAUACUAUGAAAAUGGUCAUUUUUUUUCUAACCCUGGAAUUUUCCUUCAGCUAAGAUCAACCAAAAUUUUUCUUGUAUGUGUAAGUCCAUAUGUAAACGCAAAGUUUCAUACAAUGCCAAUUCACAUAGCAUAAAGGAUUCACCAUUCUCUAGAAUUUGUUUCUGCAAAACUUAAAUUGCUAUAGAAUUUUAAAAUUUCACACUGGCCAGCCCCUGAAAGCCAUGAGAAAUUUCCAGUGGAUGAUGUGGAAACCUCCUUCCACUGUUGCCCAGCCCUCAGAAAGCAAGACAAUGAAAGGAGAGAUUCUUUUUCUAGGAAAAUAAUGAGCCGCCUAUGAUUUUGUUUCAUUUUUUUGACACAAACUGUAGAUUUUAGCAGCCCUGGCCCAAAGGAAUUUGAUUACUUUUGUUUUAAACAGUAUAAAGGGGACACUAUAAUGACAAAAACACAUCCUUAACUGAUUUUAGUUAAUUUUAUUUCUUUAGAUAAUGUUUUCAGAGUGGUAAAUUGUGUGUGAGCAAUUCAAAUGAUGAUUCUUUUAGUGGUUUCUUAGCCUCUUCCAGCCCAUGGGGAUAGUACUGUACAUCGAUACCUUCAUAUGAAAUUUUUAUAUGCAAUGAAAAUAAAAGCAUGGGUUGAUUCUGCUUA